AUGGAUAAACUAUUUCCAGUUUACUUUCUACUAUAUAUCAUUUCAUUUAUACAUUGUAAACUAUUCUAUAAUCAACAACACAAGAUCUGUAACCCGAAACAACUGGCAUCAUUUUUCCCCUUUACUGGUUUCAAAAUCACUCGACAAUACAAAAUAUCAGGAUAUACCUUACCUGUAUCUAUGCAUUUCAUUACUAUAUCUCAUUGUAAUCAUGGACAAGUCGAUUAUCAAAAAGUUAUAAGAACUGAUUCAAGUGGGAAAAUUGAUUGGGGGAAACCAUUUUGUAUGUUGAAACCUAAAUUAGGAGAAAUGUUAACAUUAUCAAAUCAUGACACAAUUGGAGAUCCAGAAAUUCAAGAUAAUAUUGAAGAAACUGAUGAAUUUAUGAUUGGUAUAUUUGGGUUUAUCAUGUAUAAGGGGAAUAAAUUAACACGAUUAUUACGUAAAAAAUUUGAUUUACAAUUGGAGAAAUUGACUAAUGGCAAAUGGUUAGAAUAUACUGGUAAAAAUAAAAAUUUACAUCAACAAGAUUUAAUGACAACUGAUCCUCAAGCUUCAUUAACAUGGGAAUCAAGAAAUUUAGUUUGUUAUAAAAUGGCUCGACGUAAAAAAUAUGCCAAAAGGAAAUUUGAUUUUUAUAUGCCUCAUACAUUUGUUGGAGGAUUAUUUGAAUGUAUAUUACCAAUGGAUUUAAAACAACAAAUUUUCCAUCAAUUUACUUCACUGGAUUUAAUUUUCCAACAAAUUCAAAUUCAAUGUGAUCCAAAUUUAUCAAGACCAAUAUCUCCAUUAAUUGCUGAAGAUUCUACUACUCAAUGGUUUGAAAAUAAAUUAUAUAAUAUUGUUAACCCUGGUAUAAUUCAAACCAUUCCUUAUUUAACCACUCUGACACCUUUAAAUUUACGAUUUUCUACUAGUGAAACCCCUGAUAUGUUUAAAGAUUCUUGGGCUACUAAAAUUGAAGUCAAUGAAAAUUAUGUAUAUCGUGAAGCCGAUGUACAUUUAAUAAGUCGAGCCAUUGCAUUAUCAGCUGAUUUAUUGAAUAAACUUAUAUCACCAAUAGAUUUUAAUCAAUUGGUAAAACUGUAUAAUAAGGCCAAUGAAAGAGAAAACCCUGAUAUGGAAGAAUUUUUACAAGAUAUAACUUGGACUCAAAAAGUUCAUUUAUGGUUAUCAACAAUAGAUAGAAAAAUAUCUAAUCAAAUAUUAACACAAAUUGAAGGAUUUUGGGAUGAUAUGGAGUAG